UUCCUUCCAUUUCCCUGACAAACUCGCCAAAUUCCUGAGAAAAAAAAAAACUUGUUUCUGAAGUUGUUGAUGCUGAUAUGAGCAGAAGGGAGGACAUUUUUUUUUUAGCUGUGCGAAGCUACCUGGUAUUUGAAAUGCUGAAGAGGAAAUUACGGUUUUGCCAUAACUUGCGCUUCAGGCUUUUCUUGGGUCUAACUCUUAUUUUAGUAAUCAUUUCAGUUUUGAAAGUUAACCAGAAAGAAGACUUCUUAAAUCAGAGACAUCUAGAGCUAACAAAAGAAGAUCCUAUUAGCAAUGUUAACUGCACCAAGAUUAUUGAGGGGGAUGUAGAAGAAAUCCAAAAGGUAAAGCUUGAGACAUUGUCAGUGUCAUUUAAGAAACGCCCCAGGCUAACAACAAAUGAUUAUAUUAACAUGACGGCAGACUGUGCUUCCUUCACCAAGACUAGGAAAUACAUUAUGGAACCUCUCAGCAAUGAAGAGGCAGAAUUUCCGAUUGCUUACUCAAUAGUGGUUUAUCACAAAAUUGAGAUGCUUGAUAGACUUCUAAGAUCAAUCUAUGCUCCACAGAAUUUUUACUGCAUUCAUGUAGACAAAAAAUCUCCAGAAUCUUUUUUCACUGCUGUGAAGGGAAUAGUCUCAUGUUUUGACAAUGUCUUUAUUUCAAGCCAGUUAGAGAGUGUGGUAUAUGCUUCAUGGAGCAGAGUGCAGGCAGACAUUAACUGCAUGAAAGAUCUCUAUAGUAGAAGUUCAAACUGGAAAUACCUAAUAAAUCUAUGUGGUAUGGACUUUCCUAUAAAAACCAACCAGGAAAUAGUAGAGAAAUUAAAAGCCCUUAAAGGUGAAAACAGCUUGGAAACAGAAAAAAUGCCUGUUUAUAAAGAAGUAAGGUGGAAAAAACACCAUGAGAUUGUUGAUGGUAAAAUAAAGAACACAGGCACAGACAAACAACUACCACCUCUCAGUACUCCAAUUUUUUCUGGUAGUGCCUAUUUUAUAGUUAGCAGAAGAUUUGUAGAAUAUGUGUUAGAAAGCAGCAAAAUACUUAAGUUCAUUGAGUGGGCAAAAGAUACUUACAGCCCAGAUGAGUACCUGUGGGCAACAAUUCAGAGAAUCCCUGAUGUCCCAGGUGCAGUUUCUUCUAGUGACAAGUAUGACGUUUCUGACAUGAAUGCACUGGCCAGGUUUGUCAAGUGGCAGUACUUUGAAGGUGACGUGUCCAAAGGUGCACCGUACCCACCAUGCAGUGGAGUUCACAUUCGUUCUGUCUGUGUUUUUGGGGUAGGAGACUUGAACUGGAUGCUACGAAACCACCACUUCUUUGCUAAUAAGUUUGACACUGAUGUUGACCCUUUUGCAGUGAAAUGUUUGGAAGAGUAUUUGCGACACAAGGCUUUGUAUUUGCAAAAGAAGUGAAAUACUGUAUGCUCCUGUUACAAAACAUAGAUACAAAUACUAUACUGCUAAGUACUUUGACACGUAACAGCGAUGGUGGUCAUGGACAAGGGGAAGAAAAGACAUGUCUCAAGUGAAUAUGGGGAUCCCUGGUAUUGCACGGUGAGGCUCAGAGCUUUAGGUACAAAAUCACAAUAGCAACUUUUGGAAGGCUGACUAUUUGGAAUAUUUAUUUUCUAGAAGGUGUAAUUAAUGGAUUUCCUUUGGCUAAACUGUUAGUUUUAAGGCUUGGAAAAUGCGUGUUAUUCAUGGUUAUUCCUUAUUUUUUUCCCAUGAAUGCAAUGCUAGCUGGAAGAGAAAGAUGAAGGGUUGGGGGAAAAGCAGCUGGAAUGUACAGACUUUGUACUGAGUACUGAAAGAUCUCAGGAAUAUAACAUUAGAAAUGAUCUGAAAACUAUGCAGAAGGGGAUAUGCAAAGCGAGCUGUCAUAAUUUAAGUCUGCUUGCUGCAGUUCUGUUACAUGUAAUUCUUAGUCCUCUUGAAAAUUUUGUCUUUAGCGUGGAGUGUUAAGGAAUUGGAUUUAAAUUUUUGUAGCCAAAUAUUGCUUUUGUAAUCUCAAAUCCCCUGAUAUUGUGAUAUAAAGUGUAUACACUAGUUUGUAAUUACAUCUUCUCAGGGAAAUUUCAGUUUUAUACCUGAUUAGAUUUAGACUUGUAAUUUUACACUUCUUACUCUACUGGGAGUCUUGCUUUUGGAUUCAUUCAAAAUGACUCUAAUUUCUGAAAAACUUAACUGCAGUAGUGUCUAAAUGUCACUGAUGGAACUGCUGGUUUCUGCUUUGUGUCAAGCUCAACUUGCAUUCCAGAUUAUUUUAACAUUGAGUACAGAAAAAUAAAGUUAUUUUUCUAAAUGAUAUUACCUCUUCCCA